AAGUGAGUAGUCCCCGCUCCUCCAGCCCUCUGCAUUCACGUAGCUUGGCCGCUGCGGAGCUGGAUGAGCUUGCUGAUGAUCGCAUGGCACUAGUGUCCGGGAUCAGUUUAGAUCCUGAAGCAGCAAUUGGUGUAACAAAGCGCUUACCGCCCAAGUGGGUUGAUGGAGUGGAAGAAAUUCAGUAUGAUAUCACCAGGAUAAAACAGAAAAUGAAAGAAUUAGCCAGUCUUCACAACAAACAUUUGAACAGACCUACUUUGGAUGAUAGCAGUGAAGAAGAACACGCAAUAGAAAUAACUACCCAGGAGAUCACACAGCUAUUUCACAGGUGUCAGAGAGCAGUCCAGGUCUUGCAAAGCAGGUCACGAAACUGUACAGAACAAGAAGAACGUGUUCUCAGGAAUGUAGUGUCUUCCUUAGCUCAGUCCCUUCAGGACCUAUCCACCAUCUUUAGGCACACACAGUCUGACUAUCUCAAACGUAUGAAAAAUCGAGAAGAAAGAUCCAAGCAUUUCUUUGACACUUCAGUCCCUCUUAUGGAUGAUGGCGAGGACAACACUCUUUAUGAUCGGGGUUUUACAGAUGACCAGUUAGUAUUGGUGGAACAAAACACAUUAAUGGUGGAAGAACGGGAACGAGAAAUUCGACAGGUUGUACAGUCAAUUUCUGAUCUCAACGAAAUAUUUAGGGACCUCGGAGCAAUGAUAGUAGAACAGGGAACGGUUCUGGAUAGAAUUGACUACAAUGUUGAACAGUCAUGUGUGAAAACUGAGGAAGGUCUGAAACAGCUGCAUAAGGCCGAGCAAUAUCAAAAGAAGAAUCGGAAGAUGCUUGUCAUUUUAAUUUUGUUUGUUAUAGUAAUUGUCCUUAUUGUUGUUCUCAUUGGUGUAAAGUCCCACUAGGUAACACUUUUAUGACUUUAUUUUAAUGUGUAUGUGAUUUUUUUUUUUUUCUUCCCCAAUGUGAAUGGAUGGACCCGCACUCCUGAAAGUUGCCUUUUGAAUGUAUAAGCCCUAGUGGUACAAAAUCUGUGCAAUGUUUCAGUAGAACGCUUUUCGCAGUAUAUUAUUCUGUGAUAUGAGAGGCGUUUGUAAAACUUGAAUGGAAAAUGUCAGGGCCUACAAUAAUGCUACCAAAAUCAGUCAUCCAGUUCUCCAUCCAGCUGUACUUGGAAUAUGCUGGAGUAUUUAAAAAAUGUGGAAAGUAAGAGAAGAAAUUUACAGGAACGUACAAUAAUUUGUAUUUUACUAUGUGCAAAAAAGUGUACUGUUCUCUGUAGUCCUGUGUGGCCAUUUUUUAGGUUUUUAAACAAUGACGGUUUUACGGGAUUUAGUACCAAAAACUAUGACUUUGAGACAAAAUGCCUUAAGAUGCACAACAUUCUAACUGUUUUGAUUCCACUUACUUUCCUCCAUAUUUUAAAAAAAUAAUUGGAUAGACUAAUAAAAAAUUAUCUUAAUUUAGAUAAUGCGUACAAGGAUCAGAGUAAUACUUAAAGUGUAAAUAACAGGACUUAAUCAUUGGUGUCUAUUAAUGUGUUUAGCUGAUUAAAGAACUUCUUAAGCCUGAGUAACGACAGGAAAGCUGUUUCUCCUCAAAAGGAUCAUGUACAAUGUUUUUUCUUAUUGCAGUGUUUUGGUGUUAUUUUUAAGUUCAGCCAGUUGCACUGAAAUAAUGCUUGAGCUACAUCUGAAAUAGAAAGGAAUUCUUCCUGUCCUCCCUUCCCCCUUAUCUUCCUCUGUAUUUGGCAUGUCCAAGUAUCCUAUAGUAGUGGAUGCUGGACUGUUUGAUUCCUUACAUGCAGGUAGCACUAAACAUUAAUUUACACUAUCCCCAGUAUUGCCCAGUAUCCUAUCUAUCCCCUUAACCUAAAUACAUAAAAAGGUUUAUUUACCUAUUGCUACAGUACCUAUAGCAGCCAUUGUUCCUAGCAGAAUUUUGAUAUAUAUCUUUUGUCCUCUUUUAGCCAGGCAUUAGGAAAGUUUUGGGUGCAGUGUUGGCCAUGAACCAAAGCCUGCUGCUGUAGGCAUGUGUCAGACCACCGACGCACUUUGAGUUUGCCACGUUUCUGCAGUGGUAGUUUGUUGUAGGCUAUGGAAGAGGAUGUAGAAAAAUUCUGAGCAGUGGAAUAUUCCAAUAUUUAAUAUGGUCAUGAAGUGUUAUGCAAUUUUAGGGCCCUUGCCUUAAUAUUUUUAAUUUGUUUCCUCUAGGGGGCUAUUGUUUGUAUUGUUACUUGCUGUUCUGACUUAUGCAGUGAUUUCCAUAUACUUACAGUGACUGUACCCAAAGCCCCUAAAACCUAGGUCCAUAUGUCAUUUGAGUGUUAUGCAUGCUGGAUGGAAGUUCUCUAUACUUAAUCAUGUACUGAUCUCCCGGCUUGUAUCCUGUAAAUUCAUCAGACUCCUACUUUCAUUAGUAAUGAUGAGGACUUGGAUGGCAUAUGUAGAUCUUCUUUGAUUCACUCCAGGAACAGACUUGUUGGUUAAAAAAGAGUGCAAAGACAUAAUUGGGUUGUGGCUCCUUUUUAAAUCUUUUUACUUUACAGACUUUCCUUGGUCUGAAAAGAUCUUGAGGUAUUAAGAGUAGUUGGAGGGUCUGUACUUGCUGGGAUCCAUCAGUGUCAUUUUUGUCUCCCCUUGUUGUGUAUGACAGACUGCAUUCAUACUGAUGGCAAGGAUUGCUAAGAAAAGCAUGUUCUGUGUUCCCCUGACUAACGAGCUGUGAUUAACAUCGCAGACAUAUAUUCUUUAUAAGAAUUGGCCACAGUAGUGUUUUAUUCAUGAAAAGCAGAAGAUAUAUUGGAGCACACCUAACAAUUGUCCCUACGGUAGGUUUUUCUUAAUGGUAGCACUUUAGCCAGCUUUUCUUUUGCACUGACUUUCAAGUCUUAUGAAUGGUUUCCCUGCUUUUGGAGAGUCCCUCAUUGUCCUUUAUGAAUCAAAUACAUAACAGUAGGGCAGUAAUAAUGAGGAGGCUGUUUUACGUUUUGUGACUGGCUUUUUGCAAGGAGACCCAUCUUGUAUGAAGUGUGCAGUGGGUAGAGUCCUGAACCAAUCACUUGCCUGCAUGUGGCACCAAAAUUGCCUAGAGUUACACAUUACACAAAUCUUCAGGAUAACUGCAGGCAAAAAUCCUUGAUUAUUAAAUUGUCCCAGCAUCCAAAUGCCUUGUACCUUGGCCUGAGUUCAAGCAUGGAGAAUGCUUGAUGUUGAGAGCGUGGCAGGUAUCCGAUACAGUUUAAUCUAAGUAACUUGUUGGGUGACCUGGUGGUUUGUUGAAUAGGUGCUAGAGCACAUGGAGCCUUUUAUCUCCAGGUGUGUAAAUUUUCUCAGAAUGAUUACCAGUAUUUAACUAAUUUCAUCUGAUGGAUGCUUCAUGGCCCGUGUGGAAUUAAUGGCGGUCCAGUUUCAUAUGUUGGUGCAUUUGGCAAGUCUUAGCAGACGGUCCAGUCCCAUUGGCCUUUGAGAGGUGGAGCAAUGUAGGAAUCCUUGUAUUGCUGCUAUUGCCACUGAACUUGUUCUCCGGCUGAAGAAUACUUUGGUCUCCAGGGAUUGCCAGUCCAAACCCUUCACUAAAAUUCACAUGACAAACUGUAAAAGGAAGAAUACCAUGUUCAGUCUUGUGGCUGGUGUGCAACUCCCCCUGCCUUUUUGAUGAUUGUGACUAAAACUACUGUGUCCUUAUUGCAUUACUGCUGUCUGCAUCGUAUGGUGUGAAGCAGCACAUGGCUAUAAUUGAAUAUGCUGUAUUUGCAACUUUCUCUCUAACAUGAGAUGAUGUUAUUUAUUUCUGUCUUGACCAGUGCUUUUGAUGAUUUAUCAUAGCUAAUGAAUUCAAAGAAGUAAUAAAACACUUCCAACUUAAUUGAUCAAUUACUAUUCAUUUUUCUUACAUAUUUAUAAUAAAACAAAUACUUACACAGAUGUCUGUUAAAGAAAAAGAAUUUUGUGUUUGUAUUUCAUCUUCCUUCUAAAUUUAGAUGAAAGCCAUAAAGACUAACAAGACUCUCUUUGCAAAGAAGUGCUUUAAUGCCCAAUCUCGUGCAACAAGAGCAGUGCCAUAAUGAGAUGGAAUUAGAACAUUUUAAAGACACAGGCACACUUCAGUGCAUUUGAGAGCUUAAAGCCAGCUGCAUUGUCUUACAUGACAUUACUGGAUGAGCAAGAAAUUGUUAAAAAUAUUGGUUAUGGUGCUGAUGUGUUUAUGAGGGAAGGGUUCCUGGGUGUGGGAGGAUUUUAUUUCCUAAAUCUUUUCAAAUGUCUAAACUUCACUAUUUUAUUCUUGAUAUUUAUUAACAAGUGAACACCAGCACAGGCAGUCUAGCUGGUGAGCUGGAGCAGAUGGUGGUGUGCGUACCCAGAGGUAACGAAUCAACACGGUCACGUUACCCCAGUGGCCAUGCCACUGUCCUGCUCUUAACCACCUCUCUGCAAGAUGCUGCAGUGGUAAUCAGUUAAAAAUAUUCCCUGGCAUGGGGUGGGUAUGUCCUCUAGCACGACUUCUUCAUGUUGGAUCCCUCCCCUUCUCCAGUGGAACCGUUUCGUUUUUAGAAUCUGCCAUGGGAGAAGGUAUAGGAUUUGGCUGUUGAUGUGGAAAGCCAUUUAACAGAGAGACACCUGCAAGGGUCAGUAGAAUAAAAUUGUUAUAUAAAUGUUCUUUACAAAUCACGACUUUGCUUAUCUGUAAUGAAUACACUGGUGGUCUGCAGACCUCUUAGCUUGUACUGAAGUUCUUCACUAAAAUACAAACCGUUUUACAAAAACAAAUGACCAAAUUACAUUGAAGUACCAGUGACACUUGCUGGAAUGCGUUCUUUUGUUAUAUGUUCAAAAACUACCCAGUAUUAUAAGCUAAUGUCAGUAGGGUAUGAUGAGUUUGUAAGGCAGUCUCUACCGUGCUCAACUGAAGUAUUCACCCAUCUGGCAGGUCUUGGGACCUGAGGGACAGAAGAAUUUCUUAAACUGCAUUAAUUUAGGUUAUAAAGCACUAGACUAUUUAACCCCUUGCUGUGUAUAUUCUGUUUUGAAGCUGUGGGGGGGUGUUCUCAUUUGCUUUUUUUACAAUCUUGUUUUUCACUACAGCCUUUUAUAGCAUGCUACAAAAUGAGAUGCGACCUAAAAUUGGAAUUGUGAUUUUUUUUUUUUUCUUUCCUAAAGAGAAUUUAGUUAAAUCUGUCUUCAACUAAAAAUUCAACUGCUGUUUCAUCCUCAAAGAGAAGCUCAUGCAAACUACUCCACAGGGUGCAUCUUUUAGUGCACAAGGCAUCUGAAUAGAUCUUGAUCAAUAUAGAACUUCAUGAGGUGGUUGUGGAAAGCCGCUGGGAUUGUAUGUGUAUUGUAAUCUAUUCAUUUGUAAUCAGAGCAAUUGCAGUGUUUGAGGGGGCGUGGGUCAAGAAAUCUGCCAUUAAACCUAAGUUAUAUUUUCAGGCCAAUUUCUGAACUCGACUGAAUGUAAGAUAUGUACAUUCCAGAGGGUUUGCAAACCUGAGAUCUCUUCUGUUUAUCCAUCACGGUGUUCUGGUCAGGCGAUCUUAAUAAAAUAUACAGACAAGCAAGAGUCACCGCUUUCAGGGACUGUUAGGAUCUUCUUUUUAAUGCUCAGCUGAUUGAUAUACAUGGGGAUAACUUAUUUCUUAUUUUGAAUAGUGGUUUUUCAAUGUUUUCCAUAUUCACAGAAAUAUUUUCUUGAUUGAAUGUCUCUAAAUAAUGUCUGUUCCCAGAUAGUUUGUCAAAACUUUGAUUUAUAAAAUAAACACCUUCUUAAAAUAAGGAACCCAGUCGA